AAACGUAGGUAGGCAAAGAGUGUGGUGAAUGGUGACAUUACCCGUAUCUUAUCUUCCUGCGUUUUAUUACGAUCCGUUAAUUCACCCAAUAAGCAACACUAAUAAGGAUAGGCGUGAAAGGAAGGUUUAUGAUGAUGAUGACUUUGCCUUGCCAGAAGGUGUGGAGCCUUUGCUAAAAGACACCACAGCUGCUGGGAUUUCAUUGUUGUUUGCCCCACGACCCUUCGUCAUGAGGUCUGGUAGGACAAGGCGGGCAGAAGAUAUUCCUCUGGUGUCAGAGUGGUUCAAGGAGCACUGUCCUCCAGCAUAUCUAGUUAAAGUUCGGGUUAGUUACCAAAAGCUUUUGAAGUGCUAUAUGGUGAAUGAGUUGCACCAUAGACCACCUAAAGCUCAGAAGAAGAAGCACUUAUUCAGUUAUCUGGCAGCUACAAAGUUUUUCCAAAUUACUGAACUGGAUUGGGUUGAAGUGGGUCUGCAAGUCUGCCGGCAGGAAGAGUUUAAACUACUUGCAUCUUGACUACAACUUCAACCUCAAGCCUGUGAAAAAUUCACUUUGACCACCAAAGAGCGAAAAAAGUCUCGUUUUGGGA